AUGAUGAACAACGAUCAAGAUGAAGAGCUCAAGCUUAGCAAAACGCAUUUUGAUGCGAUCAAACUGUUGGAGGGAGCUCUACAAAAAAUGGAUGGAAUUAUAUCGACGGAGCCAACAUCAAAUUCAAGUUGUUUUACCAAUGCAAAUGGACAGACUGUAUUAAACAAUUUUAUUCAACAAGAAAAUUCUGAAGAUUCUUCUGAUCAUUUAGAGUCAAAGCUCCGAGUUUCUAUGUUAAAUAAUCAAGUUGAUAUUCUUUUAAGAAAACUAAAUCAUCUAGAAAAAUAUCUAUUGCAACAAAAUGAUUUAAGAAAAAAAGCUGAAAGUAAGCUCCAAGAGGAAAUGAUUUUAAAAUCGAAACUAGAAACGGAAAAACUUGAAGUUAUUGCUAUGUUAACUAAUUUGAAAUUAGUAAAUGCUAGGCUAACUAAGGAAAACAUGGACCUUAAAGAAAUGAUAAUAAAUAAUCAAAAUGCACAGAAUUCAAUUACAUCAUCAUGUACAUCAGAAGUAGUAAACUCUCAGUUUCAACGUUCAAAAAACCACGGAUCACGUUUCUAUUGUAGUUUGCCUCGACAUAAUAUUUCAAAAAAGAAAAAUGAAAACCAGAAUAUUAAUAAUGAGUUAUUAAAUGAUAUUACUGAAUCAUGUGCAAAUUUAAUGAACAGAAAAUCACAGUUUGACAAAUGUUCUUCAGCUCCAAAUUUAGUUGAUUCAAAACACGACUGCCAAAAUGAACAAAUAUUAGAAAAUAGUUCAAGUCUCUUUUCCAGUACCAAAAUUUAUUCUUUUCAAAAUUCAAAUUUACUUUUUAGUGAGUUAAACCGUCAACAGUUACGAGAUUGGUUUGCUGAACAAGGUAUUGAUUAUGUUUUAGAUGGAUCAAAAUUAUGGCCUACUUCUGGAAAAGAAUUGAUUUCUUCUUCCAUCAGUGAGAUUGACGAAAAAUUUAAAUUUAAACAUUGGUUACAUAGAAAAAAGCUAAUUUUAGCCAUUCAAUUUGAAAAAGAUCCAAAUAAGUUAUUUGAUGAAGACAAAUAUCUGGCCAAAGCAAGAUAUUUAAAUACGUCUUGGGUACUACAAUGGUUAGACGACAUAGGUCUUCCACAGUAUAAAGAACCAUUUUCUCUGGCAGCUAUAAAUGGUACCCUUUUAAACAGACUCACCAAAGACGAUUUUCUAAUGAUGCCAUUUGAAAAUUCAGAUUUACAUUUCUCUAGUCUCCGAUAUGGAAUAAAGGUGUUGAGAAAGAAUAAUUUUGAUCCUGAAUGUUUGAUCCGUCGGUCUAAUACUAACAAAAAUGAUGAUGAUUGUAAUUUAUCACAAUGGACAACUCAUAGAGUAAUGGAAUGGCUUUGUAGUGUCAAUUUGGCUGAAUAUGCAUCUAAUUUAAGGGGUUCUGGUGUUCAUGGUGGAUUAAUAGUAUAUGAUGACAGAUUUACUUCUGAGCUUCUAGCUGACAUUUUAUUCAUACAACAGAGCAAAACAUUGCUGAGACGUCAUUUAAGCAUACAGUUCAGCCAGCUGAUAGGAAGAGAUUUAAAUCAAAAGAAAAGAGAUGAUCAGUGCAAACCAAAGUAUAGGCCCUUGACAAUAUCAUCUAAGACUAAAAUUCAAAAAAAAUCACAAUUUUCAUUGAAGAGGAAAAAACAUAACAAUGAACUGAGUAUUGGCGAUCUAAUUUGUCCGAUGGACGAUUAA